UGCGCAAAACGCUGGCUUUCUAUUAGUGCGGCAGGAAAAACCCGCAGCCAGCAGAGAUUGAAUGUGUGCUGGGGACCGUAAAAGGAAAUUAUUAAAUGUGGGAUUAAAAACCAUCAGUGAAUCGAUUUCGGAUUAAAUGGCACAGAUUAUGGAGACGCCUUUGCUGUUGUGCGGGAAGCUGAGAUGCGCGUUUUUUUGGUAGACCUGCAAUCGCCCUGGUCUUUUCGGCAUUUGACGGCAAUGCCAGAGAAUGGAUGAAAAUUUCAAGCGGUCAUAGCGCAGUUGACUUUGUUUUCCUAUCCGGAUUUACAUCAAAAGCAAAUGUGACUGAUUGCCGUAGUUAUCAGAAACGUUGCAUAAUAAUCUAUAUUAGGUACCAGUCGGCAAGGACGAGCAAAUCCUUAAUUUCAAAGAAGCACAAACAAGCAAAUUUAUUGCACUAAAUUCCUUUGGUGGGAUGUCAUCGGUUUUCAUUCCCUGACUGUCAAGCCGCCGAUUUCGGAAGACUUGAGAAAAUCUUUAUUGUAUAAAAAUAUAUCCUACUAUGGGUGAUGCAGCAGAAUCCAGGGAAACCAAAAAGACAUGUAUUGUUCCGGCGAUAAAGCCAUUUGAUCAUUAUGACUUUGGCAGGGCUAAGAUCUGCUGUAGUCUGACAUGGCUGGUGGCAAAAGCAUAUGGGGCAGACAGCAUCCCGGCCGACAUGAAGGAGCCCUUCUACACGGACCAGUACGAGCAGGAGCACAUGAAGCCGGCCAUGGCAGAGCUGCUGUUGUCGGCGGAGCUUUACUGCCGCGCGGGGAGCCUAAUCCUGAGGAGCGACGCCACCAAGCCGCUGCUGGGCCACGAGGCCGUCAUCCGCGCCCUGGCGCAGAGGGGCCUCUACGUCACCGACCAGGAGCGGCUCGUCACCGAGCGCGACCUGCGCAAGAAGCCCAUCCAGCUGAGCGCCCACCUGACCAUGAUUGACAGUCUGAUGAUGGCGUAUACGAUGGAGACCGUCAGCGUGGAGAAAGUGGUGUCCUGUGUGCGACAGUACGCAUCCCUGUAUCCCGACAGCGAUGUGCCCUACGACACAGAGGAUGCAGUGAUGAGCUGGAUUAACAAGGUAAACGAGUAUCUUAAAGACAUCAUUGUCAACGAGCAGAAGAUGAGGGAGAACCGUUCCGCGGAGCCUUCCACUGGGCCACGGUCUCCCACCAAAUGGUAUUGGAAACUGGUUCCUGCCCGGUACAGGAAGGAGCAGGCGCUGCCUGAUCAGGCUCCUUGGAUCCCACCUGUGGACAAUCUGCUGAAGGACUGUGCCGAUGGCUGUGCCCUGGCCGCCCUGCUGCACUUCUACUGCCCUGACAUAGUCAAGCUGGAAGAUAUAUGCCUGAAGAAGACCAUGCCAUUAGCAGACAGCCUGUACAACCUGCAGCUGAUUCAGGACUUCUGUGAGGAGUAUCUGAACCGGUGCUGCCACUUCACCGUGGAAGAUAUGCUGUACACUGCCUCCUCCAUUAAGAAUAACUUCCUUGUAUUUAUGGCCGAGCUGUUCUGGUGGUUUGAGGUUGUCAAGCCCCCGUUUGUGAGACCCCGGGUUUUAGAUCCUGAAGGUCCAGAACUGAGCCCAGUGUUGAAAAGCAUGCCUUCUGUAAGCAUCUCUAACGUGACCAGGAGGAGCUUUAUGGAGAAACCUCCCCCAUCAGACAGACCCAGUCUGCCACUGAAACCACAACCUCAGUCAUCAGCAUCAGGUGCAAUCGCACGAUCAGCCUCGAUGUCUCUUGCGGACAGUGCUGUGGGCUCAUGGCCCAAAGAGAAAAGAUCGUCUGCGCAAGCAGUAUCUUUUGACAUCCCUCUAGAUAAAGAGAACACGACUGAAGCAUCCACACCCCCUGACCCAGAGAUGAACAGGUCCAUUAGUACAGAUGGGUUGAGCUUCAAGGUCAAUUAUACGUCCAGGAGUUUGAAAAGAAACCUGUCAUUCCAGCCUGUGAAUGGGCUGAGCAAGGCAGAGGGCAUCGAUGAGGAAGAGGGCUUUCCGGGGAGACCUCACUCCGAGACGCAACCAAGAACAGCCCACCCAAGAAACCUGCAGGAUUUCCCUAACGGACAGGCCCUCGAUGAGCAUGGAGAGCUUGUGGCCACUCCCAGCAUUGAAGAGGCUCUGAAAAUCAUCCACAAUUCUGCAAAAUCCCAGAACAGCUUUCACGAUGGCCAAGAAAGCAACGGGUUCUUUCUUCACUCUCAGGACAGAGGAGCUCUGGCUUCCAGAAUGAGGACGGACAAUGGUGAUUUCGACUCUGUGUCAGAAUCGAAGUGGGCUGUAACUCCAGACACUACAGAGGUCGAUACUGGGAUCCAUGUGAAGACAGAGGACAUUCAAGAGACCCUGGAUGAAGAUUCAUCCCUGAGGGACUACACCAUGAGCAUGGACUUGGAUAUGGACCAUGAUUACGAUACGAGAGCCUGCCCCCAAGACACGCCCAGCCCUAGCACCAGUCUGAUAAGUGGGAAGUCCCCAGCUGGAAGCACAACCUCCACCAGUUCUGGGGUCAAAAUGACAAGCUUUGCUGAGCAGAAGUUCAAGAAGCUAAACCAAACUGAGGGUAAGAAUAGUGGAGGCAGCUCCCAGAAGACCACGCCAGAGAGUGCAGAGAUCAAUGUCCCACACAUGGUAUCCUGGGCAAUAACACCUCAGGCGAGUCCCACGCCCCAGUCGCCAAAGGAUCCUGCCCAGGAAAUGGCAUCAGAGAUGGUGCAGCUGAAGAUGAAGCUGGAGGAGAAGCGGCGGGCCAUAGAAGCCCAGAAGAAGAAGGUGGAGGCGGCUUUCUCCCGGCAUCGGCAGAGGAUGGGAAGGUCUGCAUUCCUCACUGUCGUGAAGAACAAAGACGACGGUGCCUCUGCUUUCAGGGAGGAAUCUGUUGGGAUUGAAGACGGCAAGCUUUCUGCAGACCCUCAGUCCCAUGACCGAAACCUACAAGCUAGGAUGGGCAAACUGGAUGUUCCUGAUGGCGCUGAACAAAGUCAAGCCAGAUUGUUGAAGUCACCCAAUGAGGACGGCUUCGGGGAAGCAGAUCUUCUAGAGUACACUAAGUCAAUCGAGAAGCUGAAUGCCUCACUCAACUUCCUGCAGACCGAAAUGCAGCGGCUGGCCCAGCAGCAGGAAGUAAUCAUGCAGAUGAGGGAGCAACAGUCCUGGGUAAUCUCUCCAUCCCAGCCCUCCCCUCAGAAGCAGGUGCGGGAGCUUCGCCAGGCUGCACGCUCCUCGGGGUCACCAUCCCCAGCAGACUCUCCUCACAUCACCCACCUAUCCCCAACUAACGUCAAGAAGAAGUCGGCUUCCUUCCACUUGAAAUCCCAAAGGACUCCAAGGCCCAUCGAGCUGAAGAUUACCCCUUUCAGUCGGGUCCUUACGGUCCCACAGUCCGUGGACAGUCUCCCACGCUUGCGGAGAUUCUCCCCCAGCCAGGCCCAGGUGAGCUCCUUUGCCUACCUGGGAGAAGAUGCUAAACCUUCAAUGGCGACUGAGACCACAGAGAAACACCUACAUCAGGCUAAGCCCCAUGGCGUCACAAAGAGCCUGCCAGCGUCUCCAACCAAAGAGGUUCGGCCAAAACAACCAGAAUCAACUGCCGCUGAAGUCGGUUCAGAUAAGGUGGCAAAUCAGGAAAACGUGGAAUUCAAGCCCAUAGAAUCGACAGUGUCUGAGGUCCUGUCGCAGCCCAUUACAGAGACCUUCACGAUCACCUCCUCUGGGAGUCCAGCUGAUAUAACUGCUCAGAGCACAAGCAGCCUGAUAGAGGUGCCGUUGUCUGUGCUGAAGCCAUUGGAUGGACAGAUACUUGAUUACAGCAGAGAAAGAAGUGGGGAUGUGUAUGAGGACGACCAAAAGAUGUGCUGUGGGUUUUUCUUUAAGGACGACAUGAAGGGUGAGGACGACAUGGCAGUGAAGCGGGCAGCGCUGUUUGAGAAGAGGCUGCGGAGGGAGAGAGAGACGCAGCAGAAGAAGCAGCAACUGGAAGCGGAGAUGGAGCAGAAGAAGGAAGAGGCGCGGAUGAAAGCUGAGGAGGAGCGUCAGAAGAAGGAGGAUGAGAAGGCGCGCCGGGAGUUCAUCAAGCAGGAGUACCUCCGGAGGAAGCAGCUCAAACUGAUGGAGGACAUGGAGACGGUCAUCAAAGCGCGUCCAGCCGGCGGCAAGCAGAAGAAGCCCCGACCCAGGUCCAUUCACAGGGACAGCUUGGAGUCCCCGAAGGCGGGAGCAGGUUCACGGCCCCGUGUCUUUUCAGUCUCCAGUCUGUCUCUGGCUUCGCUUAACCUGAGAGACGACGCCAGCAUGCAGUCUGACAAGAGGAGCCCCAGAAGAAGUAGCUUAGCCUCGGGAAACCUUUGCUUCUUUUUGAGCCCCACAGCAGUGAAACACUCAAGGUCUGAUUCCGCGGAUGGGUUUCUAUCUCCCUGCCGAACCGGAAGUCGCAACGGAGAGAGGGAAUGGGAGAACGCCUCCACGACUUCGUCUGUGACCUCCAACACGGAGUACACCGGCCCAAAGCUGUAUAAGGAACCAAGUGCCAAGUCUAACAAGCAUAUCAUCCAAAAUGCGCUUUCCCAUUGCUGUUUGGCUGGUAAGGUUAACGAGGGCCAGAAGAACAAAAUACUGGAGGAAAUGGAGAAAUCGGAGGCCAACAACUUCCUGAUUUUGUUUAGAGACUCGGGUUGCCAGUUCAGGUCCCUUUACACAUACUGGCCUGAGAUGAAGGAGAUCACAAAGCUAGUGGGCAUCGGGCCAAAGAGCAUCAACCGCAAGAUGAUUGAGGGAUUAUACAAGUACAACUCAGACCGGAAGCAGUUCAGCCACAUUCCGGCUAAAACCAUGUCGGCCAGCGUUGACGCCAUUACAAUCCACGGCCACCUCUGGCAAACCAAGAAGCCAGUCACACCCAAAAAAGUAUCCAUCCAAUCCUAGUAUAACACGUCAUUUUAUUGGUUUGUUUAUUUUUUUUAUUCCAGAACAUUCACAUUCAUUUGCACUUCACUGUAUCCAUGACGACAUACCGCACGCAAUUCCAACAACGAUGAUUGAGAAACAUUUAUUUCGUUCCUCUCUUUUCAACGUGAACACAUCUCUGCUCAACUUAUGCACAACUGGAAUGUAAAACGUUUUUUUUAAGGAUAUCCAUCAAGUAUGAGAAAUGAUUAACUCUAAUUCUAUUACAGUAUGUGUGUGUUGGUGGGUUUUUUUUGUAAGUGCCAAAACCCAGUAUUUGGGUAUAGUGGUGAUUUUUGUUUGGUACACCGAGCACUGAACGCUUUUCGUCUGUAUGGACUAAGCUCGCUGAUCUCUGUUGGCGUCUGUGGCCUUGUGCUUGUUCGCGUUGAAUGUUGCCUUGACAAGGCGUUAAGUUAUUCCAUAAGAUGACUCCCAAUACAGGUCAAGUUUCUCUCUUUGUUGCAAUUAUUUAUAUAUAUUUUUUCAGAUGGUCUGGAGAUUAGGGGCCAAAAUAAAUCAGAGAUACCGUGUUUUCUAGCUUGCUGGAAAAUGGUAGAAAUGUGGACUUGUUUUAUUUAUCUGCGUUUACGGCUUCUAAGUCAUGUUUUACUAACAGGGAUAUAUACAGCAGCCAUCCGUUGGUGCACAUGCUGUCUGGUACAUAACACUUUCGAUUCUCUCCGAAUCGACUUGACAGACUAAAAUAUUUAGUCAUUCACAUGAAUAAUGCUAUAAUGUAACUUCUCUCACCCAGAGUGGCACAGGAAUCUAUUACCUGCAUGGUUUAUCACCAAUUCCCAACUAUGCCUAGAUGAACCCUUUACAGGUCUUGUUUACCAUCCCAAAAUAAUAUGCUGUCACCAAUUCCACAUAGAAAAACUUCAGGCUUCCUAAUUAUUUUGGGGAAUUUGCAGACAAUUUCCAUUGAUAUCAAGCACCAUGAUUUGUAAGAAUAUAUCCAGUCAUUAUUUCUUCAGGGUUGUAUUUAUCUAAAACUUUUAUUUGAUAAAUAAGAAAAUGUUUGUAUUUAAAGUCCUAUUCAUUUUCAGCUUAAAAAUAUUUUAGUUUCGUAAAUGUUUUGGAAUGUACAUUUUUGCUAUAUCCAGACUUAUUUCCUUUUUUAAUUACAUGGUCUUCCAGCAAACAUGUUCUUGUGGAGUUUGUUUACAGAAUAUACACUUCAGAAGGGGAAUGACGCACGUGGCGUGUGGAGCAGAAGUACAGUUUGCAGAUUCCUGUUUUGCCUGUUAGUGACAUUCACCACCUAAGAUGGUCUGUUUAUGCUGUUAUAUAUGUUUGAUCGCUUCUCAUGUGUAUGUAUAGUUGAAUUGUGUUUUAUUCCUGUUAUUGUAAAUAUGCCAAGACAGUCAGUGACGUUCUUGUAUAUUUGUUCAGCAUCUAUGAGAGGCCACUGUUUUCAUCUCGUCAUUUCAGGAUGAAUAGCUUUAAUGUAAUUUUAAUUAAAGGGGAGGUCAUCAGCUAUCCCCACUUUCUCCACGACCAACACUUGUUGCAUUACAGAUGUAUAGGACAGGUUCCCUAUAAUACUGACCCCCCUCUCCUUUGCAUGAGGACAUAACCUUAAAAAUUAAAUUGAAAGUGUUCCAACUAACACUGGCCAAAUUUCCAUCAUUAACUUUACAUGAGUGAGAUGCUUUGAUAAAAAAUUUUAUAUAUACUGACCUUCAUACCAGUUAAAUUUCCAUCUAUCAGCUAAAAGAAUGUAUUGUUUUUGUAGAUUUACCUAUUGCACAAAGAAUAGUUUUUUUUUUAAUUAUACAAAGUAUUUUACACUUUAUUUAAGAUUGUUGCCAGAAAUAUCGUUUUCCCAUCUUUUAUCAGCUAAAGUAAUUUGAAUUUUACAAACUUUUACGAAUAAUAUUUAUCCAGUAAAAAGAAGUUUACAUUCCAUCGCCUAGUGGCAAAAGGUGCCAACAGUAAUUGCAGGACAUUCUGGUAUAGUGGUGAGGGACUGGACCGGGACUGGACCAGAACGGUUCCUAAAGCUGACCUGUAGAUUGCUGUAUUUCCUGUAUCCCUAAAUACCCACAUAAACGGUCUGGUGCUUCAAUUGGGAGACACAUUUAUAGAAAUGUCGUACACGCUAGUCGCGAGUGCUUCUAAUCCAGGCAGUAUGUAUAAUUGCAGCCUCUGUAAAGCCUAUCUAGGUUUCACCAUGUAGUAAAGUUGCCGUUCAAUGGCUGGUGUAUUUGGAUUUAUUCGGCUGUUUAAAGCCGAGAAUGACGACUAUUGUAAAUGAGAACGAUCGGGGAUUUUUAAGGUGAUCUGUGAGCUCAUGUCCGUCAUUGUGAAGCAUCGCUUCACCUUUUUUCUUUAGACGCUGUGCUGUCAUUAAGUGUCAACAUAUUACUGGUAUUUUUUUUCUUUGCAUUAAAUUAAGUAAAGCAUG